AAACGAAAUGUACGGAUUAACCUGGCUGUGCACGACGGGUUGAGGAAGGGAUCCUCAGAGAGGGUAGCUAUGAAGUGGUUACGGUUUUCGCUCCUAAUUUUGGGGGUGUUCUCCCUUUGCUGCGCCACAGCUGGUGACAGUAGUGGUGUAAAGAAAAUGAAGAUGCAGUUUGCCACGGGACCCCUUCUCAAGUUUCAAAUCUGCAUUUCCUGAGGGUACAAGCGGGUGUUUGAGGAGUACACGCAGGCCUUGUACCAGCGGUACCCAGACAUCCGCAUUGAAGGGGAGAACUAUCUUCCUUUGCCAAUCUACCGACACGUUGCUUCCUUCCUGUCUGUGUUCAAACUGCUGGUGAUUGGGCUGAUUAUUAUCGGCAGGGACCCUUUCGCCCUCUUUGGUAUGCAAGCCCCAGGAAUCUGGGAGUGGGGCCAAGGAAAUAAGAUAUAUGCCUGUAUGAUGGUGUUCUUCCUCAGCAACAUGAUUGAAAACCAGUUAAUGUCAACAGGAGCAUUCGAAAUCACAUUAAACGACGUACCAGUGUGGUCCAAACUAGAAUCAGGCCACCUGCCCUCCAUGCAGCAGCUUGUGCAAAUCCUGGAUAACGAAAUGAAGAUGAACGUUCAUAUGAACACAAGACACCACCAUUCCUAACCUUACUGUAAAAUUCCUGGCUGGAGCUAAAUGCCCCUCCAUGUUUGAGGUGGGUUUCUCACUGGGCUGUGAGGUGAUGUUUAUGAACGUCUGCGCUGAAGGCAGGAAGACUGCUAGCACAGACUGGAUGUCCCCAUCACUCUUCACUGCACCCCUUAGAGAUGACCCGCCCCUGACGCCAGAGUGGGAUCCAUGGCAACAGUGCUGGCCAUUUUGUCAUUUUCUUGUACUAUUCAUACUACUACAGAGUUCAUCCAGGUGAUAUUAGUGAUCCCAUAAGGAGAGCGUUAACAUUGGUCCUUGUAGUCUUUAACUCUUUGCAUAUAAUUCGAUCUAUGUGAAUAAAAACAGUUGUCAUUUGUACCACUGAGCCAUAUGUAGAAAUUUGUUUAUUGUUCUCAAAGUAGAUUUGUCAUGUAGAAAUUUGCAGCACUUAAAAUGUGUCGUCACUGUUGUGGAAAUAACAUUGAGAACAUGUAUCUUGAUAUGAUUUCUGAAUUUUUAUAUUUACAAAUUGUGGAGGAAAAUAAGAUUAAACAUAUUAACUAUUUAACUCUGAA